CAGAAAAUUUCUAAAGACUUUGAGAAGAUAGGAAAAUCUCAGAAAGGCAGUAGCGCCAUUAUACUAGCCGGCAGCAGCAAGUUGUGUCCUCUUCAUUUGCUCCUCUCUGACCGGUCCCUCGUCACAUCUUCCUUUACGACUCAUGUGAUUAGGGUCCUGUAGGCUGUGGUGCUGAUUGCAGCUCUUCAGAAGUUAGCAGGCAUGAAACUGAAUUGGGGACUGAGAGAAUCAGCUGUAUUUGCUUCUUUGUCAGCAGCACUUGAGUGAUCUCUGUUUCUUCAUUCUUCUUUGUUGUCUGCUUGCCAACCAAGACUUGUAUUUGGAGAACUCUGUUGUACUGAAUCUGACGUCAUCUUUGACCUGUAGUAAGAGCAUGCAUUUUCAAGUGCCAGUUAGAUUUUUGGAUCAAUAAAGGUCUCCUGAAAGGUAGUCACUUUCAGUGACAUUGUUCAGUUCUCACAAUGUAUCAUUCCUUAUCUGAAACUAGACAUCCUCUGCAGCCCGAAGAACAAGAAGUGGGCUUUGACCCCUUGUCAAGUUACUCAAACAAGACUGGAGGAGAUUCAAAUAAAAAUGGAAGAAGAAGUUCUACUUUAGAUUCAGAUGGGACUUUUAAUUCUUAUAGGAAAGAAUGGGAAGAACUAUUUGUAAACAACAAUUACUUGGCAACAAUAAGGCAGAAGGGGAUUAAUGGGCAGCUGAGAAGCAGCAGGUUCCGCAGCAUUUGCUGGAAGCUAUUUCUUUGUGUUCUUCCUCAAGAUAAAAGUCAGUGGAUAAGUAGAAUUAAAGAAUUAAGAGCAUGGUAUAGCAACGUUAAAGAAAUACACAUCACAAACCCGAGGAAGGUUGUUGGCCAGCAAGAUCUGAUGAUCAAUAAUCCCCUUUCACAGGAUGAAGGGAGUCUUUGGAACAAAUUCUUUCAAGAUAAAGAACUUCGAUCAAUGAUUGAACAAGAUGUCAAAAGAACGUUUCCUGAAAUGCAGUUUUUCCAACAAGAAAAUGUGAGAAAAAUUCUUACAGAUGUUCUUUUCUGUUAUGCCAGAGAGAACGAGCAGUUGCUUUAUAAACAGGGCAUGCACGAGCUCUUAGCGCCUAUAGUCUUCAUCCUCCACUGUGACCACCAGGCUUUUCUUCAUGCCAGUGAGUCUGCCCAACCAAGUGAGGAAAUGAAAACUCUCUUAAACCCCGAGUAUCUGGAACAUGAUGCCUAUGCGAUGUUCUCACAACUUAUGGAAACUGCCGAACCUUGGUUUUCUACUUUUGAGCAUGAUGGUCAAAAGGGAAAAGAAACACUGAUGACUCCCAUCCCCUUUGCUAGACCACAGGAUUUAGGGCCAACAAUUGCUAUUGUUACUAAAGUCAACCAGAUCCAGGAUCAUCUACUGAAGAAGCAUGACAUUGAGCUUUAUAUGCACUUGAACAGACUAGAAAUCGCACCACAGAUAUAUGGGUUACGGUGGGUCCGGCUACUCUUUGGGCGAGAGUUCCCCCUGCAGGAUCUUCUGGUGGUCUGGGAUGCCUUGUUUGCAGACAGCCUGAGCCUGAGUUUGGUUGAUUACAUCUUCAUAGCCAUGUUACUCUACAUCCGCGAUGCUUUGAUCUCUAGUAACUACCAGACCUGUCUUGGCCUUCUGAUGCAUUACCCACUAAUUGGAGAUGUACACUCACUGAUUCUUAAGGCUCUGUUCCUUCGAGAUCCAAAGAGAAAUCCAAGACCAGUGACUUACCAAUUCCAUCCAAAUUUAGAUUAUUACAAAGCACGGGGAGCAGAUCUUAUGAAUAAAAGCCGGGCCAAUGCCAAAGGUGCCCCCCUGAAUAUAAAUAAGGUCUCGAAUAGCCUGAUUAAUUUUGGAAGAAAGUUGAUUUCUCCGGCAAUGGCCCCAGGCAGUGUGGGAGGCCCCGCAGCAGCGGGCGGCAGUGGCGGCUCGUCCACCGCCGUGGCUGCCGCCAGGACCCCAGCAGAGCUCCCCAGGCAGCCCUGGCAGCAGCAGCAGCAGCAGCAGCAGCAGAGACUGAUGAAAUCAGAAAGCAUGCCAGUGCAAUUGAACAAAGGCGAUGUAGUUACAGGAAGCGAUGCUCAGGUUUCUGCUCCUGUCCAGACUCUAACUGACCUCCAAGGACAAAGUUCUAAAACCAUCAGUUCAUCCCCAAGCACUGAAAGUUUGCCUGGAGGGAGAGAAUUCACUGGCUCCCCACCUUCAUCUGCUACUAAAAAGGAUUCCUUUUUUAGCAACAUCUCCCGUUCCCGCUCACACAGCAAAACUAUGGGCAGAAAAGAAUCUGAAGAAGAAUUAGAAGCCCAGAUUUCCUUCCUUCAAGGACAAUUAAACGACCUGGAUGCCAUGUGCAAGUACUGUGCGAAGGUGAUGGACACUCACCUUGUAAAUAUUCAAGAUGUGAUAUUACAAGAAAAUUUGGAAAAAGAAGAUCAAAUUCUGGUCUCUCUGGCAGGAUUAAAACAGAUCAAAGACAUUCUGAAAGGUUCCCUGCGUUUCAACCAGAGCCAGCUGGAAGCUGAGGAGAACGAGCAGAUCACCAUCUCAGAUGACCACUACUGCUCCAGUGGCCAGGGCCAGGGCAACCAAGCGCCUGGGGCCACCAAGCAGGCCUCUUCAGAAACCCCAGGGCGCGUGGACAGAGCGAGUGCAGACGACUUCAUCCUGGUCUCCAAAGACGACGACGCGGGCAGUGCCAAGGGGUCCCUCUCAGGCCAGGCGCAGCCCCUUCGCACCCUCCGCAGCUCCUGUGGGAAAAGCGAGCCCCUGGCCCGCUCCCCCCUGGUGUUCUCUGACCCGCUGACGGGCCCGGCCUCGGCUUCCUCCAGCAACCCCAGCUCCAGCCCGGACGAGGACAGCAGCAGCAACAGCAAGGACUCGGGCUUCACCAUUGUGAGCCCCCUGGACAUCUGACCGCGGUGCCCCUGGCUUCCCUUGCGGGGACCGGCCACCCUCUCAGCAGCCCCAGGGUCUGGCCGAGGCCUCCGCAGCAGAGACCCCUCUGAAACCAACACUUCUUUCCCAGCAGGCCUGUGGCCCUAGCGCAGCCCGUCGCAGGCAGGGCCCCAGAGCACACAGCCGGGCGUUCACCGAAACGCCGACGGGGCUUUCACGGCCUUGCCUCCUCCCACCCCACCCUUGCUCUGACGCAGACCUGGGUUAAGUAUCCAGCGUCGUGGUCAUUGUCAAAAAAAGACCAAACCACAGUUAGAAUCCCUUUUCCUCUGUCCUCUUCUCCCCAACUAAGAAAUAGGUGCGGCAGCCCCAUCAGUUUUAACUAAAGAAGGAAGAAGAGUUGGUUUCAAAUCUUCCCUCCCUCAGAGCGUCGGGCAUAGGAAAACCCAUUGAUAUCAAGGCGGCUUUCUCCCUGGAAAUCUAGAUCUCAGCCUCUGUCAUUCCUCCUUUGGGAAGCCAUACAGCAGAGCCAAAUACAGCAGAAUGGACUAGAACUGGUGCAUUCCAGGGCUGGAAAACCCCAUCACUGACCUCUCGGAAAGUUACAGUGAUCUUUAGAAACAGGGUCUAAACUUAGGAAUCAUAUUUUAGUGUGAUGGGAGUUAGAUUUUUAUUCAUCUGUUAAAGCGUACGUUUCCAGACCUCAGGCCAGAUCAUCGACCCUGGCCAUCUCUCUCCUUCCUCAGACAAUUGUAUUUCCCCUCUUAGAGUCUUUCCCAACCAGAAAGCAAGGUCACAUUAAGCCAAUCUUUGCUGCACUGAUUUCAAAAGUUGUAAGAAUGUUACUUCCUCGAACUGGUAAAUGUGACCCUGACUGGGUAAACCUCUCUCGGAUAGUUUUCUGGGAAAGCUUCUGGACGCUGGAAUACACUUGUCACCUGUCAACUGAGAAGUAAAGGGAAAAACCCAAACUCCUUCCCAUCCAGAGUCAGGAUGCCCCAUUGGCCUUAAAGUAGCAGUAACAGGGAAUUAGACCGGGAGUCCCUUCUGGGGGAGCAGGGCUUCCCACAGAACAUUCCAGAUGUCAGGAAGAUGCAGGACCUCUGCACAGCCCUCCCUUUGCUGGGAGCCAAGUAUGGGAGCUGGGGGCCUGGGCUCGGUUGUGGGCUGCGUCCAGACCCCACCGCCAGGGCAGGACCAGGGCUGGCUUGCCGGCGCCACCCCGGCCUUCAGCACGGAGGGGGGAUGCCCCUAUCAGGGGGCAGCCUACAGAAUCGUGAUGGGCAGAAAGAUCACAGGAGCCGUUUGUCGUCUUAGGGAGAAGCCCUUCUCCUGUGCUGUAGUGGUUCUGACAGGAGAGCCGCAGUGCCCCUGCCCUGCGGUGACUGGCUCUUGAGGCCUCCCGGCGGCGGGACCUGUCAGGCCAACAAGUGAAAAGCUAAGUGUGAAAGAAUCAACACCGUUUACAUCCUUCCCACUGCUAACCAUGUAUUUCUCUACAGGCAAAUGUGAUAAUGACCUGAUUUCCCACGUGCUCUCUAAAAAACUAGUGAUGACUCGAGAGUCAGCUACGAGAGGGUCCUAACGAGCCCUACCAUCUGUUCUUAACCUCUAGCAGGAGAAUCUGACGGCAUGAGCCCGGAGGAUGAGUAGUAGCUCUGGUUUUGCUCAGGUAACAGGGCUGUUUGGCCUUCCAUGGCGGCUCUGAGAUACGCUGAUGAGCUCCCUGGCUCCUGACUGACUGGUCUGCGCAGCCCCUGUGAGGGCGACUCACAGAGGAAGUUUCUGCCAAGUAUGUGUCGCCUUGAAGACUCUGCAUGUUCCCAAGGUCCCCAUACAGGGAGCGGCCUUGCAGCUGCGCCCAGUUGCCAUUAUUUUCUCUCGGAGGCCUGGUCUGGGGACUUGUUGGUAUUUUCAGUUCUAAGCACAGGGCCAUCCUCACCAGGGCUCAAGGAUGGUGACUGGAAAGGGCCACGGAGCUGGCUGUCCCCUGGCAGCGGGUCACAGCCAUCUCGCUUUGAGCAUCUCCAUGGCCUGAGAGCUAGAGUCAUGAGAGUCCAGUGUCCGUGGGCACACAGGAGCCGCCGGGCACCCGCCACUCCAAGGCCCCAGGCCACCUCCCUGCCGUCGACUGGCUGUUGCCAAGUUACUGAGCCCCGGCCCCCAGCACACCAGGGGCAGGUCCUCCACUCUGUGCUUCCGGGUCGGGGCCACGCGAGGGCCAAUGGGGUCCCUCAGAGCUGCUGCUUCUGGGGUCCCCAAUGUGCUGUCCCCGCUCGGAGGAAAGAGACACAGGGGGAGUGGGACGUGGGCAGUGCCAUCCUCAACUUCCUAUAGAUCCGUGGGGUUCUCUUAAUCUUUUUAAGUGACUUGUUUUUAUUUUUCAUAGUCAAGCAUUGUUUGCAUUUUUAUUAGUUACAGUGCUAUUAAAGAAUAUGUUCCUUUUUUAUUAUUUUAUCAGGUACUUGUUUCACUGCACAUUUUUUAAAAUCCUGACUAUAUGAAACCUUUUUAUUUUUCUUUAACAAAUAUAAUCAGUGGAAGCCUCUCAUGUUUUGAUUAGCAGUGAAAUAUAUGUAAAGCUUAGAUGAAUUCUGUCCUCCACUUUUUUAAUACAUGUGCCUAUGUUUCAUGCAUUCAUCUCUGAUCAGCUAGGAAAUUUGAGUUAAAUUUUGAUCUCUGUACAUUGCACAUGAGAGCUACAGAUUAGAGAACGAAAGUCAUUAUGACUUUGCCUUACUUUUGUAUAUGCCAAGGGGUCAUAGAAUAUUUUAAGCAUUUGAUUAUACGGGGCUCUUCUUCCAGAGGUGGUCUCCUGCUAAUGCUCACUGCUAACUGCAACCUGGUGAGAAGUAAUACCACUGCGGAGGGAGUGGGACUCAAAGUCCACGCAGGCCGCCUCUGCCUUCUCUGCGUCUGACAGAGUUCAUUAGUCCUGCAGGUCUGACUGCCCAGCACUAACAUGAAUGACUCCUGCACUUUGUCAGAGACGAUGAACAAAUGUAAAACUCAGUGGCAGUCACAUUGUCUCCUAAUGAUGGGUAAUCUGCCAGAGUUGACUUAAGUUUACCAUUUUGGUGUUUGUUUCCUUAAGAAGCUGCCUCCUUAGGAAGUUGCCUCCUGGCAUUGUUACAGAAGCAGUGUUGGGGUGAGUGGGGCGCAGGGGAGAAGACGCAGGGCCCUCCGAGUGGCUAUCCUGUGGAGGCCAAGCCCUUCUGUCAUUCUGUCCCCCUCCCCCGAAGGUGCACACCUGGCCCCGCCCCCGUGUGUACAGACCAGGGGCCCUGGGGGACGGUGGCGCAGGGACAGGAGGCCGGGGAUGAAUUAAGGACGGCACCUGCCAAGCCGGGCUUCCUUCUCACAGGCGAGAACCGCCUCUCUCCCCCCGCCCCAUGUCACUUUCAAGAGCUCUCUUUUUAUGGUGUUAAAAAAUACAAAAUUCCUGUAAGCAGGCUUGAGACCACUUGGGUGUAAAAGUUGUCAUAACAACUUGUCUCAUGAGGGCACAAUUCAUUUGAUUUAUGGAAUACCCUGUUGUGCCAUUUAUAUCCUGUUGCUUUGUUCUCAUUCGUCUUUAUGCUGUAACUCAUACUGGUUUAUGAAAUGACUUAUCCUUUUGGCAAAGUGAUCCCAUUCAAUACAGUUACAAUAAAAGACUAAUGUGAAACUGA